AUGGCUGAACGGAGAAUCUCCUAUGCGGCCGAUGUCGAGAACGGCCAAAACACCCUUCCUACUGAUAUCAACAACGAUGCCCAAGCCCUCGAUGAAUAUACCGCCUUGAACCGUUACAUCUCCACCGCUCGCGAUCUCCGUCGCGCCUCCGUCUCCAGCGCUGCAGGUGGCGAUGCCGCCGGAAAGUCCAAGAAGCCCUGGUGGAAGUUCGGUGGUUCCAGCGGUGCUGCUGUCGACGAGCAGUUCGUGGCCCCCGAUGAUUGGGUUGACACUGAUAUCCGUGCUGGUUUGAAGAGCACCGACAUUGACUCCCGUCGUCGCAAGACUGGCUGGAACGAGCUUGUCACCGAGAAGACAAACCUGUUUGUUCAGUUCAUUGGUUACUUCCGUGGUCCAAUUCUUUAUGUGAUGGAAUUGGCUGUCUGCUUGGCUGCUGGUCUUCGUGACUGGAUCGAUCUCGGUGUUAUUAUUGGUAUUCUGAUGCUCAACGCUGUUGUUGGUUGGUACCAGGAAAAGCAGGCUGCCGAUGUCGUCGCGUCGCUCAAGGGUGACAUUGCUAUGCGUGCCUGGGUUAUUCGUGACGGUUCCGAGCAGGAGAUUCUUGCUCGUGAGCUCGUUGUCGGUGAUAUCGUCAUUCUUGAGGAAGGUCAGGUCGUCCCUGCCGACGUUCGUCUUAUCUGUGACUUCGAGAAGCCUGGUGACUUCGAGAAGUACAAGGAGUACCUCGCUACCAUGCACGACGACACUCUUAAGGAGAAGGGUGAGGAUGAUGACGAGGAGGAGCACCACACUGGUGUCUCUAUCGUCGCCGUUGACCAGAGUGCCAUCACUGGUGAAUCCCUCGCUGUUGACAAGUACAUGGGUGACACUUGCUACUACACCACUGGUUGCAAACGUGGCAAGGCCUUCGCUGUUGUUACUGCCACCGCCAAGCACUCUUUCGUCGGUAAGACUGCUUCUUUGGUCCAGGGUGCUCAAGACCAGGGUCACUUCAAGGCUAUCAUGAACUCCAUCGGUACAUCUCUUUUGGUCUUGGUCAUGUUCUUCAUUCUCGCUGCCUGGAUUGGCGGUUUCUUCCGUCACUUGCGAAUUGCUACCCCUGAGUGGUCUGACAACACUCUCCUCAAGUACACCUUGAUCAUGUUCAUCAUUGGUGUCCCUGUCGGUCUUCCUGUCGUCACCACCACCACCCUCGCUGUCGGUGCUGCCUACCUCGCUGAGCAGAAGGCUAUCGUCCAGAAGUUGACUGCCAUCGAGUCUCUCGCUGGUGUUGACGUUCUCUGCUCUGACAAGACUGGUACAUUGACUGCUAACCAGCUCUCCAUCCGUGAGCCCUACGUUGCCGAGGGUGUUGACGUUAACUGGCUCUUCGCCGUUGCCGCCAUUGCCUCUUCCCACAACGUCAAGAACUUGGACCCCAUUGACAAGGUCACCAUCCUUACCCUUCGCCGUUACCCCAAGGCUCGUGAGAUCCUUGCCCGCAACUGGAUUACUGAGAAGUACACUCCUUUCGACCCUGUCUCCAAGCGUAUCACCACCAUCUGUACCUGCGACGGUGUCCGCUACACUUGUGCCAAGGGUGCCCCCAAGGCUAUCCUCAACCUUUCCGAGUGCUCUGAGGAGGAGGCUCGUCUCUACCGUGACAAGGCUGCUGAAUUCGCUCGCCGUGGUUUCCGUUCUCUUGGUGUCGCCGUCCAGAAGGAGGGUGAGCCCUGGCAAUUGCUCGGCAUGUACCCCAUGUUCGACCCCCCUCGUGAGGACACUGCCCACACUAUCACUGAAGCCCAGAACCUCGGUCUCUCCGUUAAGAUGUUGACUGGUGACGCUAUCGCUAUCGCUAAGGAAACCUGCAAGAUGCUUGCUCUUGGUACCAAGGUCUACAACUCUGAACGUCUUAUCCACGGUGGUCUUACUGGUUCCCGCCAGCACGAUCUUGUUGAGCGUGCCGAUGGUUUCGCUGAAGUUUUCCCUGAGCACAAGUACCAGGUCGUCGAGAUGUUGCAGCAGCGUGGUCACUUGACUGCCAUGACUGGUGACGGUGUCAACGAUGCUCCUUCUCUCAAGAAGUCCGACUGCGGUAUUGCUGUAGAGGGUGCCACCGAGGCUGCUCAGGCUGCUGCUGAUAUUGUCUUCCUUGCUCCUGGUCUUUCCACCAUCGUCGACUCUAUCAAGGUCGCCCGUCAGAUCUUCCAACGUAUGAAGGCCUACAUUCAGUACCGUAUCGCCCUUUGUCUGCACUUGGAAAUCUACCUUGUUACCACCAUGAUCAUCAUCGAGGAGACCAUCCCCGCCGAUUUGAUUGUCUUCAUUGCCUUGUUCGCUGAUUUGGCCACCAUUGCUGUCGCCUACGACAAUGCCCACUACGAACAACGUCCCGUCGAAUGGCAACUCUCCAAGAUCUGGGUCAUCUCCGUCAUCCUCGGUGCUAUCCUCGCUGGUGGUACUUGGAUCAUGCGUGCCUCUAUGUUCUUGAACAACGGCGGUUUCAUUGAGAACUUCGGUAACCCUCAGGGUAUCAUCUUCCUCGAGGUUGCUCUUACCGAGAACUGGUUGAUCUUCGUUACCCGUGGUGGCAAGACUCUUCCUUCCUGGCAACUCGUUGGCGCCAUCUUCGGUGUCGAUGUCCUGGCUACUCUCUUCUGUAUCUUCGGUUGGUUGAGCGACGCUUCUCACGACCAAACCCACCCCCACGACCCAGCCACCUUCACCUCCACUGGCCACACUAGUGUCGUCACCGUCGUUGUCAUCUGGGCUUACUCCAUCGGUGUUACCAUCGUCAUUGCUACCGUCUAUUCUAUCCUCACUGACAUCCCCUGGUUGGACAACCUCGGUCGUCAGACUCGCUCCAAGGCUGACACCCAGAUCGAGAACCUCAUUGGUCACCUCUCCAAGUUGGCCGUUGAGCAUGAGAAGGACUCCGUCACUGGCGCUUCUCGCUACGUUCUCGGCACACGUGCUCCUGAGGAGGAGGACGAUGAGUAA